CAGCGUGCGAGUCUAGAUACACAUGGACAGUACAAUGGCGGAGGAGUUUGCAUUAACUGCCAGCAUAACACAGCAGGUGUGAAUUGUGAGAAGUGUGCUGUGGGAUACUAUCGACCAUAUGGCGUUCCUAAAGAAGCACCUAAUGGCUGUAUUCCUUGCAGCUGCAACCCUGACCAGUCAGAUGGAUGUGAAGAAGGAUCGGGAAGAUGUUAUUGUAAGCCCAACUUUACUGGAUAUAACUGUGAGAGGUGCUCCGAAGGGUACCAUGGGUAUCCAUUCUGUCUACGAAUCCCAUUCUAUCCUGUACCUACUACAUCGUUUCCUGUAAAGCCAACUGCUGGCAACAUAAAAGGGUGCAAUUGUACAGGUGCUGGAGCAUUAAACCAUAACUGUGAUAGAGUGACUGGACAGUGUCCUUGCCGUGUUGGUUUUCAGGGUACAUCCUGCAAUCGGUGUGCUGCUGGUUUCUUUCAUUAUCCGUUCUGCCAA